GACAUCAACAAUGAGUUGUCUGAGUGAAACUUGUACGGGGUGUAUAUCAGAGAAGCUUUACUGAAGUGAAAAUCAGUAUGGAGGACAAAAUUGAGAAUUACCAGGUUCUCAACCUGUUGGGUAGAGGUGGCUUUGCCUGCGUAUACCGAGCUAAGACCAUCAGUACUGGACAGGAAGUUGCUAUUAAAAUGAUUGAUAAAAAGUUAAUGCAGUCCAGUGGCAUGGUAACCAGAGUUAAGAAUGAAGUAGAAAUUCAUUGUCAGCUGAAACACCCGUCUAUCCUGGAGCUUUACAGCUAUUUCGAAGACCACAACUAUGUGUACCUUGUAUUAGAGCUGGCCCAGAAAGGAGAGCUUUUAAGAUAUCUCAAGAAAAAUGCAAGAGUUUUCAGCGAAGAGGAAGCUCGUCAGUUUCUGGAGGAGAUAGUGAUAGGUCUUCUUUAUCUUCAUUCCCAUGGGAUUCUACACAGGGAUCUGACAUUAGCAAACAUUCUACUCACCAGAGAUAUGCACUGUAAAAUAGCCGACUUUGGAUUGGCGACGCAGCUGAAGCUCCCAGGGGAACAGCACUACACCAUGUGUGGAACACCGAACUACAUCUCGCCAGAGAUAGCAACCAGAGGGCCACAUGGUCUCCAGUCUGAUGUAUGGUCUUUAGGGUGUAUGCUUUACACCUUUCUGACCGGUAACCCACCUUUUGACACAGAAGCUGUCAAGAAGACACUUAACAAGGUGAUGUUGGCCGAGUAUAUCAUGCCCACACACAUCUCAGCGGAAGCCCAGGAUUUGAUCAGUAAAAUGUUGAGAAAGGACCCAACAGAAAGGAUCAGUUUAUCAUCAGUCUUGGAUCAUCCUUUCAUGGACAGGACCCGCUUCGGUGGAUCCAAGAAAAAACCCAUCUCCAAGAGGCCAGUGGAAUCGUCGCUGGACAGUGGUCUCGCUACCAUGGCAACGACAUCUUCCUCCCAUACAACUAACCGCACUUCAUCCCGAAGCAGACCCAUGAGGGCCCUCCCGUUGUCAGCCCUGACCCCGGUCAUCUCCCAGGGCGAGGGGUCAAGAGGUCAGGUCAAGGAUCAAGAACGAGGUCAUCGUCAUGGAGACAGGAUUGUCACAAGUUGGAAUCAGUACGAUAGGCAUCCCCCCUCUCCGCCAGUCAGGCAACGAGCCAAUCACAGCGCGGCUUUGCAGUCAAGCAAUGGGCAAGGAGGAGAGGCAGAAUCCAGACCAUGGUUUUCAGGUCUAAAGCAGAAGGCAUCGAGUUCUCAGGACCUCAGGUCGACCAGCAGCGAUGGGACGCAACCUCCUACAUCUUACAAUUCAGCACAGUCCAGAGACUACAACCUUACCAUGAAACCGUCUAUCAGCGAUGGAAGCAUAAAAGGGUCUAAAACAAAGACUAGGGGCACGUAUGAAUCUCGCGAGAGGAAUGUGUACAGAAGCCAAGGACACCUGUACGAGGGUGAUCCUCAGUCAGCGAGAAGUGCCUCUUGGAAGUCGCAGGAUCACCUAGGACAGCAUGGCUCGAUUUUCAGAGAGAAGAGCAGGACAGAGAUAUCUGGACAUUAUGAUAGGGUCGACGAUGCCAAGCAUAGACUGUUUUCUGAAGCAGAUGUUGAUUCUGAAGGGACGCAGACUCAGAUAUUAAGGACUGACCAUGCUAGAGGUGUUUGUGGGGACAAGAAACAGAGUACUCAGUCCUCUAUAAGUGACCAUCCUAGCCUACAUGGUGUGCAUUCUUCGUCAUCAGUUGGAGGAUCAUCAGUGAAGCAGGAUGAUGCAUCGCAUAAGGACAUCAAGGCUGGGGAAAAGAGCAGCCACAAAUGGAGCAAAUCAAAGUCACAUGACCUUGACAAAGGCGGCGACUGGAUGCACAGACAUACACGCAAGCAUGAGAAAAGGGAAGGUGGUGGUAAGGGAGAGGGUGGAGCUGGUGUUCAGAGUUUAGCUCAUUUGACCCCGCCUUUGAAUGCUACGAGACUAAGACCAAUCAGGCAAAGGACAAGAAAUGCAGUAGUGAGCAUCAUGCCUGGCGGAGAGGUUUGUCUUGAGUUUCUCAAGACCAAAGAUGGUCAGGACAGAGUGGUAGAAGUCUUGAGGAUAUCACAAGAUGGUAUGCAGGUUACCAUCUACCAGCCCAACGGGGGCAAAGGUUUCCCCAUCAUGGAGGACCCGCCCUCCCCGCCCCAAGACAGCGGCAUCACCACCCACAGCUACCACGACCUCCCAUCCAAGUACUGGAAGAAGUACCAGUAUGCCUCUAGGUUCAUCCAGCUGGUCAGGUCCAAGACCCCUAAGGUCACCCUCUAUACAUCGGAAGCAAAGUGUAUGCUGAUGGAGAACGGCCCAACAGCGGACUUUGAGGCUUGCGUCUAUGAUGGAACUAAAAUCCAUGCCACUUCGGCAGAACUGGACGUAACUGAGAGUAACGGCCAGACAAGCAAACUCCCGGCUGACCCUAACAGUGACCAGAUACCCAGCCACCUCAAACCAAUCAUCACCAGCUUCUACACAUGGCGGCAGCAUUGUGUGGAUGUUGAAUCUGCAAUCGCUAGUCUUGAAUCCAGACAUGGCUAUGGACCUUUCUUUCCUCUUAUCCUCUCAAGGAAGCCAGUUCAAGAACCAUACCAGCACGGAACAAAGGCACCACCAUCAACCAACAUCAGAACAAUUGCAGCAACAUCCCAAGCAACUCCUGCCACUACCACCACUACCACUAACAACAAGGUGCCACGUUUUACCAGUACCCAUCAAGAUGACCCCGCCAAGGGGUGCCCCCAGGGGUCUGUCACCUCCCCUAGCGUAGUGGCCCCGCCCACAGCCUCUGUAUGUUCCUUUGAUGGUACUAUAUGCAGCGUAGCAAGGAGUGCACAUGGCAAGGACAGGACAAAGCACAGAAAAACAGCUGAAAGUUCUAAGGAGACUAAAGCCACAUCGCAAGCCUCCUCACACCCAGAAGGCAAGGAGGAAGUUCUUAAAAGUGUCUUUGUCCCAAACAUUGGAUGGGCAUCUCAGAUGAGUUCCGGUGAGGUGAGAGUUCAGUACAACGAUGGUUCUAUGAUCCUAGUCCAUGCUACUGCAUCUACCAUUAAAUACAUUGACACACAGGGCAAAACUCAAAGCUAUGGUAGAAAUGCAGUGUUACCGAGUCACAUCAGGGAGAUGCUCCUUCAUAUGCCUCGGGUCAUACAGCUCUUUGUGAAUCAGAACAAACCAAAAUGACGUCAUUUCACGUAAGAUCAGCAAUUUGUGAUGAACAUUAAAUCAAGGUGGCAUGUUUCAGCAAAGCUUGUGAUCAGCAAAUUUUUGAUGAUCAAUUCAUGAAAUGUUCAGCCCAUUCAAUGCCUGAGAAGUACUUUAAUGAUUCGCAAAUUAAGCAUUUUGAUCAAGAAUCCAAUAAAAAAUAAACUUCUGGGCUUAAUUUUGAAUCAAAGGCCAUGGCCAGUUGAGUGGCCUUGAUGCUUCUCUCAUUGGCCUUAGCGAAUUGUUGUGCCCUCUUUCCCAUUUGAGCCAUAUUAUUAAUAUAGGCCAAAUGGAAAAAUUGCCUUUCCCUAAAAAUAUUAUUUAAUGCCUGAAACAUUCAUGUAGAUCUACAAAAUUCAUCCUAUCAAAUGCAUUUUUAUUUUAAUUGUCUCUACACCAUAUCUGUUUUAGGGCAUAUACAGUAUAAAGAUAUAAUCUAGUAAUUAAUUGGAAUAGUGCUUGCACCUUUGGGAUGUUUAUCCAAUAUUGAAAUAGGCUUUAGUGCAAAUUUUUACAAAUUGGCUUGUUAUUCCACCUUAGUCCAGCUUCGUGAAACACCCCCUUGACCCGUAUGCAGUAAACCGUGACAUUCCUUGUUAUCAACAUAAAUCGUGUGGCUUGGUGGACAAGUCUCUGAACUUUUUGCAGGGCGUUUGCCACUGUCCUCUCAAGUGUAGUAAAUGGGUACCCGGUAGGAAGAAAUUCCUGGAAUGCUCAAGCGUCCAUUCUGGGUAGCCGUGCUGAAGCCGGGGGUAAUACAUGUAGUAUGCAGCUCUUGGAAACAUUGUAUUAAGUGCUGUAUAGAUAUUGUAGGUAUUAUUAUCAAUGAACUGUGUACCUCUGCCAUUGUUAUUGGUUAAAUCCCGUUUCAGAAAGGUUUAUGUAUUAUGCGUGUAGUCACCUUGGAUUAUGGAGGAUAAUUGGGUUGGAUAUGACUGGUUUUUAUGUCACUAUGUAUGUCUGCUUACUCGUUCACAUUGCGCUAAAGAAGGACAAAUAAUUUUGUUCAGCAUUGAAAUAGAAGUAGUUUUUCAUAUUAGAAAACACACUUUUCUUUACUUCUGUUUGAUUCAUAGUUUUCUGUGGGCAAUUCGCAAAUUUGUAGGUUACCUGUUCGCUCCACUCUUGGUAGAAAAAAAAAACAGAUUUCAUCUUUUCGGGAGACGUUUACUUUUAUUGUUGAAAUUCAGAUACCCUCUACCAAAUGAUUUUUGUUUUCCCUACUUCAAAUUGUGUUUACUCACUUAUGAAUAAAUGAUGUAUCAUAUAAAAUGUAUUUGUAUGAAAGAGGAGAUGGGCAAUUCCAUAAAAUAUUCAACCAUUUUGUACGUCCAACCCCCAUUUUUCUCAAUUCUUACUUCACUUCAUAAACUGACCAAGUCAUGGUCAUUUGAGAGCAUUACAGACUGUCAAAAGAACAAGAAAUCAGAGACAGUAAAUUUCAUGAAGGUCCCAUAUAUAGGGGGUCGGAUGUACAUAUUUUAUGGAAUUGCCCUGAUUCUAACUUACAAUACAUAAUUUUUCAAUUAUAUGUGUGAUUAAGUGAGUGCAUCACUAUUUCUCAGUUUUAAUUCUUAUGGGAUUGCAGAGUAUGAUAAAUUACAAAUUAAUUUGGUUGAAAAAAUGCCCAUGUCAUAAUGUCUAUACAAGAAAAAAUCCCCCCUACCCCAGAAAAACCUGCUAUAAUAUGAACAUGUGAAUAGGAAUAAAGUGUUGUGAUGAAUUAAAGGAGAAGUCCUGACAAAAAGUGUAUUGUAAAAUCAGCAGAAAAUAAUUAAAGAUAUUGCCAAAGGUUUGAGAAAAAUCCAUCAAAGCAUAAAAGAAGUUAUUACAAUCAUUAUUUGAUUUGUGAUGUCAUAUGCGAGCAGCUUUCUUACAUAUCGUGUGGUAAAAAAAUCAAAUGUCAUUUUCUCAGAAAAUUAGAAAUGGCUUUUAUUGUACCUUCAGUAUAUCAAUAGACAAACCAUUUCACAACCGUUUCUAAAAAGAAAACAAAAACAAGUCAUCAUGAACCAUUAAAAAUAUGAAAUUUAUGCAUUUUAUAUUUCAUAACAUGUGGGGCAGCUGCUAGUUUAUGACAUCACAAAACUUAAAAUUCUAAUAACUUCCUUUAUCUUUAAUGGAUUUUCCUCUAACCUUCACCAAUAUUUUUUAUCAUUUUUUUUCUGCUAUUUUUACAGCAAACUUUUCUUCAGGGUGAACUUUCCCUUUAAAGAAUGCUAAUUGUACAACAGCUUUAUGAAGUAUUCUCGAUAUGUCAUCCUUAUUCUGCAAGUUAAAGUGUCCUUCGAAAAUACCUCAUAAUUUUUUCUAUUACUUUUUAUUGGCAAUUUAUUCAUCAAUGCAUGAUGCAUAAUUAUGUAAAUACAAUGUAUGUAUAAAUAAUGAGAAAUACUAAAAAACAGAAAUGUACAUUUAUUCUACUCUAGAGGUAGAUGAGAUAUCCUUUUGGAGAAAUAUUUAUAUAUUUAGAUUUAAAUAAAUGAAAUAUUUAAAAUGGAAUAA